GUGAGUGUAACGUAAACAGGCAAUGCGAUAUGGCUGACGACGAUUUACCAAGCGACGUGUUGUACCAUCCCGUCAAGACCCUGGGAAGAGGUGCAUUUGGCGAGGCAGUUCUCUAUCGACGUGUAGAGGACGAUUCUCUAGUCGUGUGGAAGGAGAUCGACCUGAGUCGUGCCUCUGAGAAAGAGCUGCGGCGUGCGAAGCAGGAAGUGAGCGUUUUGUCUCUGAUGAAUCAUCCCAAUAUCAUCACCUUCUACAACGACUACGUCGACGGGAGGACGCUGCUGAUCGAAAUGGAAUACGCCAAUGGAGGGACGCUGCAAGAACUGAUCAAAUGUCGUGUUGAGAUGUUUUCUGAAGAGAUUAUCUGGUGGUACUUCUUCCAAGUGGCUUCUGCUGUGAAGCAUAUCCACGAGCAUGGCAUUGUGCACAGAGAUAUAAAAUCAGCUAACGUUUUUCUGACCAAGUCAGGCUUGUGCAAACUGGGAGACUUCGGUUUGUCGUUGAUUAUGGAGGAUACAAGACAAAUGGCCGCUUCGAAUGUGGGCACGUAUUUCUAUAUGGCUCCAGAAGUUCAUCUUGGUCGUUUGUACAACCAAAAAGCUGAUAUCUGGUCUAUUGGAUGUGUGCUGUUUGAGCUGUGUGAACUAGAUAUACCGUUUAGAACAUCUAACCCUGCAGGUUUGGCUUUGGAAAUUGUGGAAUCUGAUAUCCCACUCAUUCAUCAGCAGUACACUGGUGAUCUACAGAAUUUAAUCAAGUCUCUGCUGACUAGGAACCCGGACCAGAGGCCGACCAUAGAUGAUGUCUUAGAAACUCCGAUAGUGAAGGCAACGAGAGCUGACAUGGAAAUCAAGAUAUCACAGUUGGAUGAUGCCAGCAGGAAGAACUCUCGAUCUAUGUCUGAGCGUUCCAGCAGAUCUUCAGUGCCUGUAGUUGCAACACUGACUAGUGAGGUGUAUUGUUGGGGUGGUGGGAAACAGACCCCCAUGAGACUGGAUGAAUUUAGUCACGGAAAAGCAGCAUUGAAGGUUUCUGCUGGAUACUCUCAUUUUGCAGUCGUAACUGUUGAAAAGGAACUCUACACAUGGACUAGCUGGCAGGGUGGAGGGGUCAUGUAUGGUCAACUGGGUCACGGUGACAAGGCAUCAUAUCGUUCACCGAAACUUGUUACUACACUGGAUGGUAUCCCAGUUAGACAUGCUGUUUGUGGAGAAGACUUCACAAUUUGUCUCACAGAGGAUGGUGAAGUGUACGCAUGUGGGUCUGAUUACUGGGGCUGUCUUGGCCAAGGUCAACCUGUUGAACAGGAGCAGUCCUACACAGUUCCUGUACCAGUCUCAUUGCCUGAUCAUCUUCAAGUUGAACAGAUUGCUUGUGGAGAUGCUCAUGUGGUGGCACUUACAAGAUCCAAAGAAGUAUUAUCAUGGGGAUGUGGAGAGUUUGGACGACUGGGAUUGGGUUCAGAGAUGAACGUGUCUUCUCCUCAAAAGGUGAAUGUUCCGGGUCGGAGUCCUGUUAUUGCUGUAUGCUGUACAAGAAGAGGUUCACUACUUUUAACAACGAAUGGUAGAGUCCUUGCUUGCGGAGACAAUGAGUGCAACCAGCUUGGUCUCAAUGUUCCAUUGACAAUUCGAAGUAGUAAAACUAAGGGCGCACAGCUGGUAAGUUACAAAACGUUACCAUCACAAGUAAAGUCACUCAGCAGGUACCACAUCUCAUCGUUAGCGUGUGGCAGCAGGCACUCAGCUGUUAUUAGUGAUACUGGUCGACUGAUAACGUUUGGAUCUAACAAGCAUGGGCAACUGGGCACUGGAGAUUUGAAAAAGUACCACUCACCACAUAUUGUUGAAGGGGAACUUCUAGGCAAGACUGUCCUUAAAGUGGCAUGUGGGGAUGGCUUUACAGUUGCUGCUACAUCCGACAAUGUCUUGUAUUCUUGGGGUAUUGGCGAUAAAGGGCAGCUUGGUACGUCAUUACCAGAUGGUAGAAAGACAGUGUUGUUGCCCAGACCUGUAUUUGGGUCGUUGUACUCAAUACCCGAGUUAUCAUGUAGACAUUGGCAUACAAUUAUGAUUGCAGAACGUGUUACUUCGUCAAGAACCAUUAGCAGUUCUAGUGACAACACUGUUCAAUCUGAACCUUCUCUAAAUGGAGAGAACGUAGUGUUUGUCAGUGUCAAUGAUUCAAAGAGUCAUUCUCAGAUUCAGGCGAACAAUUCUGCUGACUCAACCAGCCUUCCAUCAUGGCUGAGAAGAGAGUGGGAAGACGCAGUUGCUAGACAAUCGAUUGAUAAGCGCCAGCAUGGAACAAUGCCACUUUUAGAGGACACUGCAGCUUGGACAGAAAAACAUUUGGUAACUAGGCCACAUGCUCCCAGCAGGUCUUUAGAUGCAGGCCGACCAACAAUUCCCCAACAGCAGUCUAGUGGUACUGUUUGUAAGUCUUCAUCAAUGGAUCGACUUCAUGCCAUUCAAAGGGCAACUGCUUCUGCUUCUGCAACACUGACAAUAACUAAUUCUGGAAGUGUAAUAGUCAAGAGCCAGGAUGCUUUGGCCGGAAACACCAGAGCGAUGAGUGAAAGUUCUGGGAAACUCAAUGGUGACUGCAAGUUGAAAGUGAAGUCUGAUGAUGUUGGAAUGCUGGCUGGUGAAACAGAUGCUCAUGGGCUUGUCCCUUCUUGUCUUGAUAUGGCAUUGUAUAAUGACACAACAGGACAGACUGAGAAACGUGGGGAAGAGGUGCAGAAACGCGGGGAAGAGGUGCAGAAACGUUUGAAGAGAAAGCACAAAGCGCCCGUAAGAACCUUUUCCAUGUCAGUAGCCGACCACAAGUUUGUCAUGGAUGAGAUCCAGUCAUUAGCUGAGCAAAUUCAACUAGAUUUAGAACGCCCUGAAUCAGAAAGUGGAGAAACUUUAUCUGAGUCAAGCAAUGAAGGUAGCAGAGUGAGGCAGGAUAGUUUGAGUGAUUAUGAUCAGCUCUUACUUCGAGAGCUUCGAAAGUUAAAGGCUCAAAAUGACAAGAUGAAAGACACAAUUGAGAAACAACGUCGACAGAUUGACAAGUUAACAGAUGAGAACAAGAUGAGAAGGCAGAAGGAAGAUGACAUGUGGCGACUACUAGCCAACUGGACUUUCGACUGUCGUGUUGCUCUAGCAGUUGAUUCUCCCAAGAGAUCUGUUGUUGCCAGUACAUGGGAUGUAUAGCCACAACUUUAUAUACUCAACUUUCUUUACUUAUACCUCAAGUUUACAUUGAGAUAUUGAAUGAAUUUGAUAAAUUGCAGUACUGUAACGCUUUUAAAGAUUUUCAAGGAAGUGUAAUGAAUACAAAAGUGAAUUGCUAAUUACAUCAGUGGGGA